GGAGGCGGGAGCGGAGGAGGCGGUGGAGGGGGCGGGUCGCGUCCGGCGCCACGUCCGCAGCCAGAAGGCACCGUCGCCAACCUUGUCUUCUGGCUCCACUGCCAGAGGAGGCGUCUCCGGAGCCCGCAGUUACCCCGGGCUGUGCCCGCCGCUCAGGCCGCCUCAGCCCUCCUAGGUGCUGCCCGCUCCUCCGCCCGGCCCCGGCGCCGGCCCCCGACCCGGCGGAGAUCAUGAAUCAGACAGAUAAAAAUCAACAAGAAAUCCCAUCAUACCUUAGUGAUGAACCACCAGAAGGUUCAAUGAAAGAUCACCCACAGCAGCAACCAGGCAUGCUGUCCCGUGUGACUGGGGGUAUCUUCAGUGUUACAAAGGGAGCCGUUGGUGCCACCAUUGGUGGUGUGGCUUGGAUUGGUGGAAAGAGUCUGGAGGUGACCAAAACAGCUGUUACAACUGUGCCUUCCAUGGGAAUAGGGCUGGUGAAAGGGGGCGUGUCUGCUGUGGCUGGAGGUGUUACAGCUGUUGGCUCUGCUGUUGUAAACAAAGUGCCCUUAACAGGAAAGAAGAAAGACAAAUCUGACUAAAAUACGGAGAUACACUUGCUCUCCACAGCAUUAUGAUGCCAGUGGCAUUGAAUUGCUAAAUUACAGACUACAACCAAGUCACCUGUUUUGGACGUUUAUCUUCUAACUGCUGUGUUGAAAGUAUUGAUGACUGACUGGCUUUUGUCUAAAAGGAAGAGACCAAUACUAGCACAGUGUAUGAAGGUUUCUCAUACUUAAAUUCCAGCUUUUUAUCUGGUAAAAUGUUACACUUAUUUAGUUGUAACUAAAGAUAAGGUAUAUUUGAAUAUUUACUACAUAAGUCUUUCAGUUUAACUAAAAAUGUGAAAGUUGAAUUUAGUGGAUGAUCUUUACAGUUCCAUAUGUAUAAUGUGCCAGGUAACUCAUCUGCCCCUUAAGAAGGGAACCUUGACCUACAUAAAUGUACCUUUGAUGUGCCUAAUAGUUUCAGAUGUCUUAGUUUUUUUAAUAACCAUAGUUGAUUAGACGAAGAGGCAUUCUUUUCUUAUUUAAGAUGGUAAAAGUAGCAGGAACUAGAGAAGUUUAAAAGAAAAGAUUCAUGGUUUUAUGAGUAUUAACCAUCUUUUGUUAGAUAGGCAUAUAUUAAUUUAAUCAUUGAUGCCUUACAAAAGAAAACAUCUUUUCUAAUACCCUGAAUAUGUGCAGUUCUUAGGAUUAUUAUUAUAUAUGGAUUCUUUCAAAAGUUGUUUGUGAAAUUAGUUUUCCCUCAAGAAUCUCAGGAUUAGUGACAUAAAGGCAUUUCUUGCUCUCAGCAGAUUAGGAUAAGUGUUUGAUAACUGUCAGUAGUUAUAACCAAAUUGUACACUUCAACCUGGGUUCAUGCUCCAUCAUUAAUAAACCUCACAGUGCCUAAGGAACAUUUCUUUGCUGGUCAGAAGCUGUGUUAAUAAAAGAGUUUCAUAUUAAGGAGGAAAACAUAAAUCAUUUUAAGUUCUUAAGAAUUACCUAAAGCAUCCAAGAUAUAAAAAAUUCUUCACACCUAUUUUGUCUCCAGGAUGGCUUAAAUUACUAGCAGUACCCCUUUCAAAAAACACAGUGAAAGCAGCCACAGAUGUGUGGGGGCUGACUCUUAAAUUGAACGGAAUGGGCUCCAUAGAUUAGUUUUGAAUGUAAAAUAUAUGUAACUGCUUUCUGUUUGACAGGCUUUUAAAAUGUCAUCUUACACUCCUUUAAAGAAGCUGUAAACUUUGUACCAUUUUCCAAGUCAACUUCAGGCAGGAAAUUGAAUUUUUUGGUUGCGGAUGAUAAGUGUGUUGUGUCUCAUUAACGUCUCAUCAUGUCUCAUUCAUUCUAAAAGAAUAUGACUUAGCUGGAAUUCAUUUUUUUUUUUUUUUUUUUUUUUUUUUUUUCGGUACGCGGGCCUCUCACUGCCGCGGCCUCUCCUGUUGCGGAGCACAGGCUCCGGACACGCAGGCUCGGGACGCGCAGGCUCAGCGGCCAUGGCUCACGAGCCAAGCCGCUCCGCGGCAUGUGGGAUCUUCCUGGACCAGGGCACGAACCCGUGUCCCCUGCAUAGGCAGGCGGGCUGCCAACCACUGCGCCACCAGGGAAGCCCGAAUUCAUCUUUUUUUUGUUUCAUAAAAAUUUUAAAAGUGGCAUUUCUCUUAACCAAGGGUUUAAUCCCAGCCUGAAAAAUCUUAAUUUUCCUUCACUUAAGUUUGGAAAUUUGCCACCAUUCUGCAGACUUUUUUUUUUUAACGAGCAAGGGGAAGAAAGGAGGUGAUGCUCUGGAGUAAGUCAAAACAGCAUUCCUGAGAACUUAGAUCACUCCAACACCCAAAGCUUAAGUGUUUGUUUGCAACCCACUAAGAGUUUUGCAUUAAUAAUGUGGAUCAACAAAUGGGUAAGAACAAAACUUAGCUUUUAAAAGCUUUCAUAAAUACCAGCAGGGAUUGAAGUAAAUCCACAAAGGUUCUUGAACCUUUCUACCAUAUACAACACUGGAAAGUCAUUAGGGAGUUAAUCAAAAAUUAAAUUGUUGUUUAUUUCAUCCAGUAUGAUUAAACGUAUAUUUGUUCGUAUAUCUGGUCAAAUGUCAUAAUUAGCAAGGG